UUCUUCUCCAAUCCUAACUACAAAGUUAGAUCAUCAUCCUAUAAAAACUGUCCCUGCUCUCUAUCUUAGCUGCAAGUGACAGCUUUUGAUAAGCUAUCUUCACCUUCCUACACAUUUUCAUGGCGACACAAAAUUCUCAAGGGAUUAAACUAUUUGGCAAAACCAUUGCAUUUAACGUCAAUAUCACUCAGACCAUCAAAAGCGAAGAAGAGAAACCACCGUCGGAUCCGGUCGCUAGAUCAUCAUCAUCUGAACCGACGGUGGAGAAGCGUCCGGACAGGAUAAUAGCAUGUCCGAGAUGCAAGAGCAUGGAGACAAAGUUCUGUUACUUCAACAACUACAACGCUAAUCAGCCUCGGCACUUUUGCAAAAGCUGCCACCGUUAUUGGACCGCCGGUGGCGCACUACGGAACGUUCCUGUUGGUGCCGGUCGUCGGAAAUCUAAACCACUGGGCCGUGUCGUUAUAGGUAUGCUUGGGGAUGGAAAUGAGGUCCACCAUGUCGAGCUUAUCAAUGGCUUGCUUGCCCAUGAGUUGCAUUCUGCAGCCGCUGCUCGCGGCGGUUUCCGGCAUGAUUUUUCUCUGAAGCGACUCCGGUGCUUUUCUGACAGUGAACCGUGUUGAUUUUAAUAUACUGUACUGAGUAUUAAUUUUUUUAAAUUAAAUAUUAUUGUUUUUGGUUUUGGGGUUGAGUGUUUUGCCUUUAAACCCGUUGAAGAACGUGGUGAGUUUGGUCGCUCUUUGUGUACAUACAGGCUGUCGAUAUAGAUAAUUUAGUAUUUGUCAAUCAAUCAAAUCUGAUUAGUGGUAAGAAAAGAAAAGUCUGACUAGUGGUAGUUGUUUUGCUACUCUACACAGUUUUUCUUUUUGCCAACCUACC